GCUCAAGCUAAUAUUGUUCACGACACACCACACAUGGCCCACAUUCAAUGGGCCAGCCUGCAAAUUCCGAUUUGUCAAUACAUUUUGCUGAGAUGUCAGUCCACCAUUCUGUCCUCGAAAAAUAACAUUGAUUGAUGUCCAAAUUCUGCGGCUGCCGAGAUGAAGAUUACGGACAGCGUGUUGCGAAGUUUUAGGGUUGCAAGGACAUUCCGGGAGAAUUCGCAGAAAGUCAACUGUGUGGACUACAGCUCGAACGGCGAGAGUGCAAUAUCUAGUAGCGACGACGACUCCAUUGUUUUAUAUGACUGUCAGGAAGGAAAACCAAUACGGACCCUGUACAGUAAGAAGUACGGAGUAGACCUUAUCCGGUAUACACAUGGGGAUGCCAACACAGUGGUCUACAGCUCCAACAAACUAGAUGAUACCAUCCGAUACCUGUCUCUCACUGACAACAAGUACAUCCGCUACUUCCCUGGGCACACUGAUAGGGUUGUUGCUCUCUCCAUGUCACCGGUGGAUGACACAUUUAUCUCUGGUUCCUUGGAUAUGACCAUACGACUCUGGGACCUGCGCUCUCCAAACUGUCAGGGUCUUACUAAUCCUUUGGGGAAGCCUGUUUGCUCCUAUGACCCCGAGGGCCUGAUAUUCGCUGCUGGGGUCGAUUCUGAGGCGAUUAAACUGUACGACCUCCGCUCCUUUGACAAGGGCCCAUUCGCCUCUUUUGAGACUCUGUUUAGCCGUGUCUGUGAGUGGACUGGACUGAAGUUCAGCAGGGACGGCAAGCAGAUUCUCAUCUCUACCAACGGGGGUGCUAUUCGGAUCCUAGAUGCCUUCAAUGGAUCCGUGCUGCACACUUUCUCAGGCUACAACAACAGUAAAGGCAUUUCAUUGGAGGCCUGCUUCACCCCAGACUCAGACUUUGUCAUGAUUGGUUCAGAGGAUGGGAGGGUCCAUGUGUGGAGUACAGAGAGUGGGAUGAAAAUAGCAGUUCUGGACGGGAAGCAUUCAGGACCAAUCAACACACUGCAGUUUAACCCUAAAUACAUGACGUUUGCCAGCGCCUGCUCCAAUAUGGCGUUCUGGCUUCCCUGUGUAGGAGACUGAUAAAGGUGUGGGACCACAGAGACAAACUGUCAUCAUCAUUACCCAGGAUGCCUUUCUCCUUUCAUGUUUCUGAGUAUACAUAGACCGAACACUACUCUAAUAUGAAAUUGUAGGCACAUUAAGGCAUUGGUGAAAGGGAUUCCACUGACGAUUAACCACGAGGAGAACUGUCACUCUGUAAACUGAUUUAUUUGCCAAAUGGGGAAGGUUACAUGAGGGAAUCACUAGAGCUGUGGGAGACAGUAGUUAUUGUCCACUGUGAUAGGUGCUUGUUGAAAAGUUUUUAUAAGUAGAGAAUACCUGUGGUGUACUACUGACAAACACUUGUUUAUAUAUAUUUCGUUUUUUUCAACUGUGAUUCUGAGCAAGGUGCUACAAUGUAUUAAUUAGCAGACCAUUAUGACCUUUUAACUUUUUAAUACAGUGACAACUCCAAUCAAGUAUGCAUUUUAACUGCGGAGACACAUUUUAUUGGGAAUUCAAUAUUUGUUUUAUUUUGUACUGUUUAUUCAGAAAGUAUUAAAGUGUUUUACGGCUAAUGUA